GUAUCGCUCUAUCGGUACGCAAUAAUACGAGUCGUUUUACAAGUUUACGAUCAAAUCAAUCCAAUCCAAGGCCGUGGCAUCACAAAAUGGCGGUGCCUACAAGAAUACGAUAGUGUGUGCUGUUGACGCUUCCGACCCCGAACUGGACAAUUUUGCGCUUGCUUUGUACCUCGUUUGUUGAAAAAUGAGUCACGGAAGUGCAAGCAAGGUGGGUGAAAUCUUCACAGCGGCAGGAGCCGCAUUCACUAAGCUGGGAGAGCUGGCUGUACAGCUGUACUCCGCAUCGGAGCCGUCUCCUGCCGGGGGCAAGUGGACGGACGACGAAGUCGAGAUGCUUCGGAAUGCGGUGAAACGGUUCGGCGAUGACCUGAAUAAGAUUAGCGAUCACAUAAAGAACCGAACCAUCAGCCAGAUAAAGAACAGCAUGAAGCGCAAGGCGUACGAGGAGGCCGGUCUGCCCAUUAAGAAGCAGCAGCAGCAGGUGUCCGUAGCCCUCAAGGCAGCGCAGGAAGGAGCGCAGACCACCCUCGCGGGUGGGCUGCUUGCGCAGGCGGCUGGCGCCACUAAAUCGGCAGACAUGACGCUCAACAUGCUGAAUGCCACCGAAACGGAAGUGGACGUCGAAGGGCUCGGGGGCACGGGCAAGCUGGACUACGACAGUUCCUCCUGAGCUGACGCACCUCACCACUGCAAGGAAAAUCACAUCGCCAUCAUCAUGUCCAACUUUACGUACAUGCAUGCCGGAUUGUAUGUACAACUGUCAGAUCAUGAUCUUUGCCACCCACGCUUUGUCCCUCGUGUUAAUAAAACAAUGUCUUUAGUAGUG